AUUCCACUUACAAACGUGAAGAGCAAUGCCAGCUCGACUGGCGCUCGGAAGGCAAACCAGGGACUCUCCUCUGGUCUUGAUGGCAGUCAAUCGCCCCCCGAAGGAGGGGAAAAGCAUGGCCUGUUCCACCGCUCCGCCAGUAAAGCAGGCCGAAGACGGGCCAAACAACAAGAGCCCCCAGGACGAAGUAAUACAUUCGGCUCUGAUGAGUUCUCACUCAAUGCCAUGGGCAGGAUUUACACCAAGAUCAUUGGGUUUUCGGUUGUGACGCGAUACCUCAUCUAUGUCGUUCCUGUCGCCAUACUGCUCGCCAUUCCUCUAAUUGUCUUGCCACUUACCGGCCAUAAGAACGACCCAGUCGGUAAAGGAGACGCUAAUGGAACCGAUGCCGACGGAAACACGACCUAUGUACAAGGACCGUCUAUGUUCCAUCUGUUCCUCUGGAUCGAGUUAUGCUGGGUUUGUCUGUGGGCCGGAAAGGUGGUUGCACAUUUGCUUCCGCCAGUGUUCAUGUUUGUUUGCGGUGUGGUUAGUUCUGGAACUCGCAAGUACGCAGCUGUCAUCGAGGCCCUUGAAUGGCCGCUGUCCGUGUUCUUCUGGACAUUGGCCAUCUGGCUCAUUUUCAAGAACCUGUUCAAUGGCACGUACGACUCUGUUGGGUGGGUUGAGACGAUGAAGAGAGUGCUCGGCUCCCUCUUCGUCUCGUCCGCCGUUCUACUUGGAGAAAAGACGAUUGUACAGUUGAUCAGUAUCACUUACCACCAAAGAUCCUUUGCCAACCGCAUAAAGGACUCUAAGCGCGAGGUCCACCUGCUUGGACUCAUGUACGACGCUUCACGCACACUAUUCCCAAUGUACUGCCAAGAAUUUGCCGAGGAGGAUUACAUCAUCAACGAUAGUAUCGAGAUGAUGCUCAGCGGCAAGAAAGGCCGUCGAAAGGGUGGUUCUGCCACACCCAUGCGAUUGAUUGGACAGGUUGGUCGUGUUGGUGACAAGGUUACCUCAGUGUUUGGCAAUCUGGCGUCUGAAAUUGCGGGAAGACAGGUCUUCAACCCCAACUCGGCUCACUCGAUUGUUGUAGAGGCCCUGGAGAAAAUUCGUACCUCAGAGGCUUUGGCCAAACGUAUUUGGAUGUCUUUUGUUGUUGAGGGCAAUGACUCCCUUUAUAUUGAGGACAUUGUCGAAGUAUUGGGUCUGGCGCAUCGUGAAGAUGCUGAGGAGUGCUUCCUUACUAUUGAUGCCGAUGGCAACGGUGACAUUAGUCUUGACGAGAUGACUCGGAAAGUCGUCGAGACUAGCAAAGAGAGAAAAGCCAUCUCGAAUAGUAUGAAGGACAUCAGUCAAGCCUUGGCUGUCUUCGACAAGAUACUAUUGUUUGUGGUGUUACUAAUUGUCAUCUUCAUCUUCUUGGCAUUUUUCCAGAGUUCAUUCAUCACCACACUGUCCACUGCAGGAACGGCUCUUCUUUCGCUCUCCUUCGUCUUUAGUGUUACAGCUCAAGAGUUUUUGGGAUCUUGCAUUUUCCUGUUCGUCAAGCAUCCAUACGACGUGGGUGACCGUGUCGACAUCGUUGGAUCCGAGAAGCAGCAGCUUAUCGUCGAGAGAAUCUCGCUGCUCUACACAAUCUUCAAUCGUAUCGAUAAAAUGCAAAUCGUCCAAGUACCAAAUAUUGUGCUAAACAACUACUGGAUUGAGAACGUUUCUCGCAGCAAGGCUAUGAAGGAAGUCGUUUCCGUAAAUGUUUCAUUCGACACUUCGUUCGAAGACAUCGAACUUCUUCGUCGGGAAAUGGAGACUUUCGUUCGUCAUCCCGACAACGCAAGAGACUUUGAGCCUGAUCUCGUCAUUGGAAUUGGUGCCGUCAAUGACUUGGACAAGCUGACGCUUAACAUCGCUAUGAAGCAUAAGUCUAACUGGCACAACGAUGCGGUGCGUGCCACCCGUCGCAGCAAGUUCAUGUGUGCACUCGCUCUGGCCCUCAAGAAAGUGCCCAUCAACGGCCCUGGUGGCGGUGGUGAGGCGUUGGGCGGACCUACCAAUCCUACGUAUUCCGUCACUGUGAGUGACAAGGAAGCGGCACAGGCUCGUGAUAAAUGCGACGAGGAGAAGGAUGCGAAGCGGCUAGAACCGUUGAAGAAGAAGCCCGACUUGAAUGAGGAGGAAGCUGCUCAAAGACUUAACAACAGUAUGAGCGCUGCAGCUCUCGCAGUUGGAGAUGAUUGGGUUGCCUUCAACAGAGACGACGAUACUCUGGGUUCACGUGAUCAAUCAGCUGACCGGAUUGAGAGAAUUCGUUCUAGCGAUAUUGAGAGAUUACGUUCCGAUCUCAACAAGACAGCUAGCACCCGUAGUGGACGGCGCCAAGCUGGCACGACGCUCCCAGCGGAUCACUACGGAAGUACCCCCGGUAUCCAAGUUACGCAGCAUGAUUCUGCCGCUCGUUAUGACGAGGAGGCUCAAAUCGGAAGCCCGAGCGCUUACCACAGU